GGCCGGCGGCGGUAGUGCAGCACUGCUCCUAAACAGCCGAGGUGUGCGCUUGCCUCUUGUCAUACAUCUUCUCCACGUCAGAACUGUGCUGUCCGCUCCUCACAGAUUGAGCUUGUGAACAAAUGCUCAGGGUGGUGAAACACUCAGCGGCACACCGGUUUCUUCUUUUUCGACGAGCUUAAUCUUUGAAAUAUGACUCAGCGUAAGACGGUAAUCAAGCUCGCCAGCAUCUGGUGUGUUUGAUCUGUAAGGAGUGGAAGGGGCAGCAGUGAAGAUGGAGCUGUCCGACGGCUUGUUGCUGCAGGUCAGCAAUGGAGAGCAGUGGUGUAACAGCUGGAAACAUCCCAAUGAAGACGUUGAUCGCAGCACCAGUCCCUCAGUACUGCGCUCUGUUGCCAGGACGUGGAAGGAGGGCCUGCUGAACAGAAAGAGGCCAUUUGUGGGCCGAUGCUGUCACUCCUGUACACCGCAGAGCUGGGAGCAAUUGUUCAACCCCAGCAUUCCAUCUCUGGGCUUGCGUAACGUCAUCUACAUCAAUGAGACCCACACUAGACAGCGGGGCUGGCUGGCACGGAGGCUCAGUUAUGUGCUGUUUGUUAUGGAGAGAGACGUCCACAAGGACAUGUUCACCAGGAAUGUAGUCGACAACGUGCUCAACAGCAGCAGGGUGGAGGCUGCUAUUUUGGAGGUAGCAACAGAGGUGGAAGCUGUGGCAAGCCAACCAGGUCACGAACACAAGGCUGUCAGUAAAGUGAAGCAGAAAGCCAGAGCCUUCCUCCAAGAAAUGGUGGCCAAUGUUUCCCCGGCCUUUAUUAGGCUGACAGGGUGGGUGCUCCUGAGGCUGUUUAAUGGUUUCUUUUGGAGCAUCCAGAUCCAUAAAGGACAGCUGGAAAUGGUGAAGAAAGCUGCCUCAGAGCGAAAACUGCCCAUGGUCUUUCUCCCUGUCCACAAAUCCCACAUCGACUACCUGCUCAUUACGCUGAUUUUGUUCUGUCAUAACAUCAAAGCGCCCCACAUCGCGGCUGGAAACAAUCUUAGCAUCCCAAUCCUCAGCACUGUGAUCCGUAAGCUUGGUGGAUUUUUCAUACGGCGGAGAAUGGACGAGACGAGAGAUGGAAAGAAAGACAUUUUGUACAGGUGUCUCCUGCAUGCAUACACAGAGGAGCUAUUGAGGCAGCAGCAGUUUUUGGAGGUCUUUCUGGAGGGUACUCGGUCCCGCAGCGGCAAGCCCUUUCCAGCACGUGCCGGCAUGCUGUCCAUCGUGGUCGACACGCUGUGCACGGGGGCAAUCGGAGAUGUGCUGGUUGUCCCGGUUGGCAUCUCAUAUGACCGCAUCAUUGAAGGCAACUAUAAUAGCGAGCAGCUGGGCAAACCCAAGAAGAAUGAGAGUUGGUGGGGGAUAGCGUGUGGAGUGUUUAGGAUGCUGAGAAAAAACUACGGUUGUGUACGAGUUGAUUUCAACCAGCCCUUCUCUCUAAAGGAGUACCUGGAUACCCAGAGGAGCCGUCAUAUUCCCCCACCGGUGUCUCUGGAAAAUGCCUUGAUGCCAUACAUCAUUUCUGCACAGCCUGAUGGUCAGUUUGAAGAGCAAGAAGAGGAGGAGAUGGACAGAGAGGUUCCCGAUGAGCUCUUUAGGCGACAUCUCAUCAACAACCUGGCCAAGCAUGUCCUCUUCACUGCUAACAAAUCAUCAGCGAUCAUGUCAACUCACAUUGUGGCCUGCCUGCUUCUGUACCGACACAGACAGGGGGUUGUUUUGUCCAAGCUUGUAGAAGACUUCUUCAACAUGAAGGAAGAGAUCCUGUCCAGGGACUUUGACCUGGGUUUUUCUGGGAACUCUGAGGAUGUGGUCAUGCGUGCCCUCCACCUCCUGGAAAAAUGCGUCAACGUGACCAGCAGCGCCAAUCGCAACGGAGAAUUUACCAUCUCACCCAACCAAACUGUACCUGCGCUUUUCGAGCUCAACUUUUACAGCAAUGGCCUUUUCCAUGUCUUCAUUCCUGAUGCAGUCAUUGUCUGCAGCAUCCUGUCACUGCAGCGAGAGUUGAUGACAGAGUCUGCUCACCCACCUAAGGAUCGCAGCAGCCUUCUGCUCAGUCAGGAGCGACUCAUCCACAAGGCUGCAGGUCUCUCCCAGUUCCUAACCAAUGAGGUGGCUGUGGCACCACCCUGCCAGACUAUUUACCAAGUUUUGAACGAUGCAGUGACCCGACUGAUCCAAUAUGGGGUGCUCUAUGUGGCAGAAGAGGACCAGGAGGAACUUAGCUCCAGCCCAACAGAAGAGCCCUGGCCUAAAAAGUUCUCUGAGCCCCUCUCCUGGAGAAGCGACGAAGAGGACGAAGACAGCGACUUUGGAGAGGAGCAGCGAGAUCGCUACUUAAAGGUGAGCCUCUCAGCUGAGCACCAGGAGUUCUUCAUCUUCCUUCAACGACUACUGAGUCCGGUGCUGGAGGCCUACAGCGGAGCUGCAGUUUUUGUUCACAGUUUGAGUCAGCCUGUGCCUGAGUCCGACUACACCCUGAGGCUCUUCAAAUACCUCCUCACGCGAACAGAGAGAGGAGUGGCUGCUUAUGGUGAAAGUGCAACUCAUUAUCUGGUUAAGAACACAGUAAAGACAUUCAAAGAGCUUGGGGUCCUAAAGGAAAGAAGAGAGAACAGAGUAACAGUUCUGGAGCUCAGCAGCACAUUUCGACCUCAGGCCAACCGGAAUAAACUCCUUCAAUACAUCUUGAGCUUCACCCUUCUGUGACUGGGGCAACUUUAAGACCCCAGUGUCCUCACAUUGUAAAGGGCUUCUGCUGGUUACUUCAAAACAAUCCCAGGUGCUAGUCUGUGGAAAGCUUUUACCAGGAAGUGCCUUCAUGCAACGGCCGCUAACUAUUCGCUGUCAGCUGGAAGAGACUUGAAGCCAGUCUUCCUCCUUUUCUUUCCAGCCAGCCGAUAGCAGGCAUGUACAAAUAUCUGAAGAGGUACCUCCAGGAAUCCCGACUCCCUUGGUAACAUACUUUAAAUGUUUUAAGGUGGUCAAAAGCUCUUAAGUGUAAAAAAAAUCGACAGAUAAGAUCAAGCAAGCGAGAAAAUUAUGAUCAAUUUUACUGCAAUCUGAACAUAGAGAGCUGCCUUUUCUAUGUAUAAAGGAAACAAACAAAAUAUGCAUAGGAAUUAACAAACAGGAUCAUUUUAUGUUUUCUGCUUGUAUGUGAAAGCUGCUAAAAUUUCUUUAGUGCACUCUAGGUAUCGACUAUACAGAAAAUAACAAAAUGUAGUUCCAUGCAAAGUUUGUUUUUAAAAGCAAAUUCCUGUACAUAGAUCACGAGAGCAGUAUCUCGGUUGUAGUGCUUAUAUAUCUUGGAGUCAUAAACAACUAACGUUCUCAUAUCUGUCCAAGAAUUGAGGACAGCCGAGAGAUGGCGUCCCAGCUACAAUGUGUAAAUAUUUGGGUAUUUCUUAACAAAAAUAUGUUAAAAUCUCUCUGUACCGCCAAGGUCAACAGUUCUGUACAGUUUCAGUUAUCAAAGCAUUCAGCUUUACAGAAAUACAGAAAAUAUCUUCAUAAAGUCGCUUUCUUUCAGUAAUUCAAAAAGUGACAUUCAUAUGUAAAUUCAUUUCACACAGAGUGAGAUUUUAGGUGUUCAUUUCUGUUAGUUUUAGUGAUUAUGGGUUUGAGCUAAUAAAAUUCAGUUUCUCAGAAAAAAUGCAAAAUUAGCUAAGACCAACAACUAAAGAUAUUUUAUACGGAGAUGUCCAUGUACUAUGCAGUAUAUGCAUAGUACCAAGUCCUGCAGGAAAAAAAAAAUCAUUUCCAUAAAGCUUUAAAACAGAGGGAAGCCUGUAGAGCAUUAAAAUGUCCCGGUAUACGACUGCGGUCGAGCAGUAUUGAAAGAUGACUUGACUCCCCAAAUCAUCACUGACUGUUAAAACUUUAUACUGGACCACAAGCAGCAUGGAUUCUGUGCCUGUUCACUCUUCCCCUUAUCUAAAAAGUGGACCUUGAACCACUGAACAACAGUCCAGUCCUUUUUCUCAUUGAGCCCGGGUAAGGCGGUUCUGGCGUAUCUGGUUCAGGAACAGCUUAACUCAAGAAAUGAACUCAAAAACUCCUCAUUUUUAUUGGUCUGGAGUUUUCAUUAGUUGUUAUCUAUAAUAAUCAAAACUAACAGAAAUAAACAACAGAGAUCUAUAUAUCAGUUUCACUUCUUGAAUCGAGCUGAAAUAAACCAACUUUUUAAUGAGUUUCUCAUUUACGGAGAUGCACCUGUAUUAACUCAUCAAAUGCAAUCAGCAGUGUACCCGCUGGAGGUGGUUUCCUGAAAUCCCUGACACUUAAAGUUAAGUGCAUUAAUCCACUGUUCUCUUUAAGUGCAUUCACUUACACUUUUACCAAGACUUUUAUUCAUUAAGGAUCUUUUUGCAACAACUUUCCAAUGAAUGUUACAUCACACAGCACUUAAAAUAAUCAACACCAGCCAUCGCAACCACGUGGAUUUAAAUGCAACCACCUCAGAAACUCCUUGAAGGGAAAUAUUUGAGUGCAACACAAUCUUUGUUUACCCCCAUGUUCUGAGCAACCAUUGCUGAAUGAGCUGCUUUCUCCCCAUUUGUUGGACAUUUAUAAAAGCUGGUGAAAAUAGAUGAUACUUGUCAGGUUUUUUGAAGACAAAAAAGAUGUCGAACUAACGUGUGGGGCAGGGAUAGUAACAAAUGCAGCUGCCAUUUUAGUGUUUUUGGCUGUUAAAUUAGCAAAUAUUCAGACAAAGAUGUAAUGAAAUCGUUGCAUCAAAGGUUGUCAGAAACACUUUAAAUACGGAGCAUUUCCGUUUUUGCUCAGAGCAUGAAAAAAAGACAGCAAAGUAAAGCAAUUCAAUUCAAAGCUACACUGUACUAUAUUGCUGCAUGUAAAUGCAAAACAACCAAGGUUUCUGCUUAUUUUGUAUACAAAGAUGAAAAUGUUAAUCAUUUGUUUUCCCUGACUAAUUCAGAAUUUAAAUAGGUUUUGAAUAUAAACAUCAGUGUAAAAUAUCCUUCAUGUUGUGUUUGCAUGUAAAAAAGCUGAAAGAGGAAUGAGUUUUUUUUGUUGUUUUUUUUUUUAAAGGGUCAAAGAAAGUUUGAAUCAUUUCUGUGGUUUUUGGUUUAGAGUGUACAAGGACUCGGACUCAGACAAGUAUUUGUGAGAACUGGCUUCAUUUUUGCUGGUUAUUUGUCUGUUUGAAUGUUAUUUUCUGUGUGAGUGUGUGAACAUACACCUAAAUUGCAUUUUUGCUUAUUUUAAAGUCUGUUCUACUGUAUGUACAAAUGAAUCAUUGUGAAAUUUAAAAUAGCUUUAGAUUUCUUAAAGGAAAUCUACACCAUGUUGAAGGACAGGCCAGUAUGUGACGUCAAUGGGAAUGUGAUGCGAACUGGUGAAAGCGAGUCAGGCUGUUACAAACCCACCUCGGCUGAGAUCAAACCACUGUCCAGGCUGCACUGUACACUUCCGCUGGUCACCACUGACUUCAAAUUGAACCCUGCUCCACCUGAAGAUGAAAUCUUACCUUAAAAGGAGGGAUUUACAGUGUUGGAACGACUUAUUUAUUGGAGUAAAGGCUAUGUGAAUGUGUGAAUCUGUCUGUAAAGGUGAAAAGCUCAGUUUGGUUUUUGUGUUUAUGAACUGUGGGAGUUGAUGCUACUGGAACUUCAUUAACAGCAUCUCACUAUAAUUCUUCAGCGUAAAACAUGCCUGUAAAUGGGGAGCAGUUGCCUUUUUUUCCUCUGUAGUUUUCUCUGGUUUUGUUUUUCUGAUUUUGUGCAUGUGAACAUUUUUCAUGUAGGAAUCUGAAACAAAGCUGUAGAUUGUAACUUAAACCGACGCGUAGAAGAAAAUCUGAAGUUUCUUUGUGAGAAUCACCAGCUACUACAGUUUUUAUUUGAUGUUGCUUAAUUGAUGCAAAGCACAAAUGGCAUUAUUAGAUUAUGUUUUUAAAUAAAUUAACAAUAGAAUAACAA